AAAGUAAGAUUUGAAGUUGGAAGAGUCGCCCCGUGACCGUACAACAGAGCAGAGCAGAGAUUCUUGCAGAAGGAUAGGCCCCAAUGCAAUCCAAACCCCCAUUCAAUUGAAUUGAUUAAUCAGUCUCAAUGGAAUCCAGCAUAGAUACAGUCAUACAGCCGCCCAGUUCAUCAAUUUUUCACGCACAACUCACCACUCCGAUUCGCCAUUUACAAAGAAAUCCUUAAUAAUCCUGCGUGUGUGGUGAGCCGAGAUCCAUCGAUCGAUCGAUCGAUCGAGAUGAACAGGACGUGGUGGCGGUGUUGCUUGGUGGUGAUAUUCGCAGUGGCUUCAGCAUUGUGCGUGUGUGGACCGGCUCUGUUCUUCGCAUUCAACAAAGGAUUCAAGGUGAAGAAGCUUCCAGAAGCUUCUUGUCCUCUCUGUGUUUGCCGCUGCUCCCCUCCCCAAUCCCUAAUUAAGAUUGCUCCUGGCUUGGCUAAUCUCUCUGUGACCGAUUGUGGGAAAGAUGAUCCAGAACUUAAGGCAGAGAUGGAAAAACAUAUUGUGGACUUAUUAUCCGAAGAGCUAAAGCUGCAGAAAGCUGUAGGGGAAGAGCAAUCCCGACACAUGAACAUGACAUUGAAGGAAGCAAGAAAUUCAGCUUCUCAGUACAAGAGGGAAGCCGAAAAAUGCAAUGCCGCCACAGAAAGUUGUGAGGGAGCCCGAGAACGAGCUGAGAUAUUGCUCAUCAGGGAGAAGAAGACAACUCUCUUGUGGCAGCGGAGGGCUAAAUUGCUCGGCUGGGAAGCCAGAUGUAGAGCAGACUGUUGUCGAGAAUUUCGACAUACCCAAGUACAUGGGGAGGUGGUAUCAGAUAGCUUCGUUCCCGGAAGAGUUUAUGCUGGAAAGUGGUAUUGACACGAGGGCUACGUACACUCUCAAUC